UAUAUUAAUUGUAAUCAAUUGUCGCUUAGAAAAUGAGAUAAUUUAAGAAAAAUUAUUUAAGUGUAGUUUAUUUCAUUAUCUAUUCUCAUUGAAAUAGUUAGCAUUCUAAUAAGGAAGUUAAAGACUUAAAAUGGGUUCAGAACAAUCUAUGCCUCCGAAGAAGCAGAUGCAAAGAGCUCCUCCAGUGCGCAGGGAACAUACCAUAGCAUCUUCAAUUUUUCCAGAUACAAGGAGACCUGAGCCAUCGCCGAGUGGUAAUAAUUCACCCGGAGCCAGUAUGUGCUCAGAUUCUGAACUGCCAUAUAUAUCAUACACAGUGGACAGACCUAUUGGAGAUUCACCUAAAAAUUCGGCAAAAACGCAACGAUCGGAUAGUAAGAAGUCUCUCCUGCAACGGAGGCAGCUGAGCUUGCAGGCGAGGAGGAAUAAGCGAGCCCGCGAUAUUGUCGUCGUUAAGCCAGCCACUGACACGCAAUUGGACGAGGAUAUCAGGAGAUUGCAGGAAAUACCAACGUUUUUACCAAUCAUGAGGGGGGCGCUUGGCUUACCAGGCGCAAGAGACCCUGAGGUUCUCGAAGGUCUAGACCCCAGACCGUGGGUCAGGAUGACUACACGUGUUCAAGCGCACUUAUCAGCUUGCGCUCAGCCGCUAGCUGCUGAAGAGAUCCACUUGGCAAACAAGAUUAAGGAGGCGGAUUCGGAAAUAACCCGACUCUAUUCAAUAACGGUGGAGAAACAGAGAAACAACGCGCGUCACGCUGAGAGGCUGUCACGGGUGAGGGAGGUAGCUCACCAGCUCUCGAGGUGCAAUUCAUUGUUGAACCAGACCCUACAAGAUAUAGAAGAAUUAAACCAGAUGUUACCAGAGAAUAAAAGAUUGGAGCCCUUUGUAUGGAACGAACAAAAAGUUUAAAAAUAUAUUAAAUUAAUUAAAAGUCAAGAAUUACUGUAAAUAUAUCCUCAGAAUCAGAAUCGUAUUAUUAAAUAUAAAUGUAUAUUACUUUUAUUAAGUUAGCGAGUUUGUAUAUCUAUAAAAGGGAGAGGAGGCCUUAGCCCAGCAGUGGGAUAUUCACAGGCUGUUACUGUAACGCAUGCUGUAGACAUUUCGAGUAACAUAACUUAUUAUUUACUUGGACCCUUUAACAUAUUCUAUCGCCAAACAGCAUUUUACUGGUGGUAGGGCUUUGUGCAAGCUCGUCUGGGUAGGUACCGCCCACUCGUCAUAUCGCAUACAGCAGCACUUGAUAUUGUUGUGUUCCGGUUUGAAGGGUGAGUGAGCCAGUUUUAUUACAGGCACAAGGGACAUAAAAUCUUAGUUCCCAAGGUUGGUGGCGCAUUGGCUAUGUAAGCGAUAGUUGACAUUUCUUACAAUGCCAAUUACUAAGGGCGUUGGUGACCACUUACCAUCAGGUGGCCCAUAUGCGUCCGCCUUCCUAUUAUAUAAAAAAAGCAUGCUUACCAUUUUUGUGCUCCGGUUUGAACGUUGAGUGAGAAUGUAACUACAGGCGCAUAAACGCAAUGCUGUGUGGUGUUGACCACUUACCAACAGAUGAUUUUUUUUGCCAACAUUUGCCAGGCAGCCUUCCUAUUUUAAAUUAAAAAAAAAAAGUCAUAAUCUCAGAAAUUACUCGGUUCAAUCUUUUUAGUGAUCAAAAUCCUUUUUGUACUGUUGUAGCUCGAUUUGCGUUCAAUAUUGUAACAAGAUUUAUGUGUUAUCGCGUUGGAGUCUCAUUACUGCGAUAGCACACACAGAGCACACUGUGCUCUGGUAAAUAGCCGUAUGCCACUAAAAGCCUAGUGGUCACGGUACCAAAUAUUAAAGCUAUUGUUCUACCUCUAUAACGCUUAUUGGAAAUGGUCGUAGAUUUUGAAUAGUCUAUCGCAAUGGAAGGAGGAGUAGAGAUGAAUAAACAAAUUUGAUCUUGAAAUGGCGUGAUGUCAUUGGUCGAAAUCUGAAUAGCGUUUUGAAUGGCGUUAAAGUCGCUAUCGAAAGUAUAAUUGGAAUUGUAUUGUUUUAUAAAUAAAGGUAUAUUAAUUAAAAACUAUUUGUGUAGUUUAUAGAUAUAUUAACAUAUGGAAUAUAUGAUUUGGUCGAAGUCGAAUUCAUCUAAUGACGUACCUACGUCAUUAUACUUAUUUACGACUUACCGAAGAGACCAGGACCACCAAUGAACCGAGUGAAUCUUAACCGAUGAUCGUGGGUUCAAACCCGGGCAAGCACCACUGAAUUUUCAUGUGCUUAAUUUGUGAUUGUAAUUCAUCUCGUGCUUGACGGUGAAGGAAAACAUCGUGAGGAAACCUUCAUGUGUCUAAUUUCAUUGAAAUUAUGUCACAUGUGUAUUCUACCAACCCGCAUUGGAACAGCGUGAUGGAAUAAGCUCCAAACCUUCUCCUCAAAAGGGAGAGGAGGCCUUAGCCCAGCAGUGGGACAUUAACCGUUACUGAUGGAAUAUAUAAAUCUAAGGUUUGUUUAUCUUUUCUCUUUCUUCGAUUGGAAUGGACUAUAAUAUGCAGUUGAUGUAAUUUAAUUUAAUUAAUAUUUAACAUUAUAUAUGGCUGU